UCAUUGGCUGGAACAGCUCCCGCAAAACCUGAUGCCCGUUUGCUAAAUAGUUCAAUAUUCCUAGGUGUCAUCUUUAUUGCCUACGUAUUUGGUUUAAAACACAUUACUGUCGACGCCAGGUGAGAAAAGGCAGAACAAAACCGACGUCUUUCUGCCCUCAUGCUUUUUGGCCACCGACUGGAUGCUAUCCCAUUUCCCGCCACUUUGGGGAGCCAUUGGGCUCAGUUUUAGAAGGGGUUCCCCGUUAAUAUCACCCCCAUCUCUUGCCUCUGCUUUUCUCCGCCUGUCUGUUCCCCUUCUACACAACACAGUACGAUACACGCCAGUCCCAGUGGCAGCAACCAACACAAAUGUGUUUAGGUCCUCGUAGCUUCAGUUUCUGCGCUGUGUAAACUAGCCAUUUAUCAUCAAUCAUGGCCGCCGGAGUACGAAUCUAACUCCCAUCUUACCUCCCUGUCGUCUGGAGGGGAGGCUUUCUUGUUUGAGGAAACAAAAUAUUUGGCCCACACUGAUUUUGACUUCCUCUUGGAAUUACAACACAUCUCACAAGGGAAAUACCAUUCAUGUCAAUACUCCAAAAUGCAGCCGCCGCCGAGGAAGGUCAAAGUGACACAGGAGCUGAAAAACACACACAUGGAGCAGAUGACAAGACUGCACUUUAAACACCAGACUGAAUGUGACCUGCUGGAAGACAUGAGGAGCUACAGUCUGAAAAAGGGACAGUUGGAGAGGGACUAUGCACAGGCUUUGCAGAAGUUGGCGAGUCAAUACCUAAAGAGAGACUGGCCUGGAAUCAACCCUGAUGACCAGAGAACAGACUACAGGAACGUGUACGCAGUAUGGAGGUCCUACUUAGAAGGUACAGUGCAGGUGAGCCAGUCCAGGCUCAAUGUAUGUGACAACUACAAGAGUCAAGUAUCAGAUCCUGCUAAGACUGUUAGACUCUACAAGGAGCAGCAACUCAAAAAGACGAUAGAUCAGUUGAGCGGCAUUCAGGCUGAGCUGCAGGAGUCAGUGAAGGAGUUGGCCAAAGCCAAGAAAAAAUACUACGAUUGUGAGCAGGUUGCCCACGCUGUACGAGAGAAGACUGACAUAGAGGCCAAGUCUAAACUGGGUCUUUUUCAGUCAAGAAUUAGUUUACAGAAAGCAAGUGUAAAGUUGAAAGCUAAGAGAAGUGACUGUAACUCCAAGGCAACACAUGCCAGGAAUGACUACUUGCUCACGCUAGCUGCUGCCAACGCUCACCAUGACCGCUACUACCAUACAGAUCUACUGCACUGCAUUCAGGCCUUGGAUGGCAGGAUCUACGAGCACGUGAAAGACUACCUAGUAGCCCUGUGUCGUACGGAGCUAGAGGCCUCCCAAGCUACACACAACACCUUCCAGUUCCUGUUGGACAAGUCCACCAGGAUAAUGCAAGAGUUCAACCAGCAGUUGUUUAUGCAGGAGAAUCCCGUGUUUCACAAAGCACACGACUUCCAGUUCCAGCCCAGUGACUGUGACAAGACUCUGAGCUCGGUGCAGCAGUUGGUGGACAUUGAGCCGUCGCCCGUCAGUGCCAUGAGAAUGACCCUGGCACAGAGUCGUCAGCUGGAGUCGGAGACAGGAACAACGGAGGAGCACAGCCUGAACAAGGAAGCCAGGAAAUGGGCAACCAGAGUGGCCAGAGAACACAAAAACAUCAUUCACUGCAAGCGAUCUCUGGAGGAGUGCGAGAGCCACGGCUUGCCCCCCACAGAGCAGGGCAGACUAGAUCUGGAGUUGAAGAUAGAAGACACCAAAGAAAACAUGCGCAAAGCUGAGACAAUAAAGUUGAAAGCUGAGGCUCGGUUGGAUCUUCUGCGGCAAGUGGGGGUUGCUGUCGAUACCUGGCUGAAGAGUGCUAUGAACCAGGUGAUGGAGGAGCUGGAGAAUGAACGUUGGGCCAGCUACACUUCCCACGAUCCGUCGCUGUCGGGCACAGUGGACUUGGAGCGUGAGGAGGGUGAGGAGUAUGAAGAGAAUAUGGAGGUUUUUGAUGACAGCAGCUCUAGCCCUUCGGGAACCCUCCGAAACUACCCGCUAACCUGCAAAGUCUUAUACUCAUACAAGGCCUCCCAGCCAGAUGAGUUAACUAUUGAUGAACAGGAGAUGUUGGAGGUCAUUGAGGAUGGAGACAUGGAGGACUGGGUCAAGGCUCGCAAUAAGACUGGUCAAGUAGGCUACGUCCCAGAGAAAUACCUGCAGUUCCCAGCCUCAAACAGUCUGCUGAGCAUGCUCCAAUCUUUGGCUACUCUUGAUGCUCGAUCACACACCUCAUCCAAUUCAACAGAACCAGAGCUCCACUCUGGCUGCAUCAAUGGAGACACAAACAUGGUGUAUGUCCGUGCUCUUUAUGAUUACGAGGGCCAAGCAGAUGAGGAGCUCUCCUUUUCUGAGGGAGCUGUGAUCCGCCUCCUGAGCCGCAACACUCAGACAGAUGAUGGCUUCUGGGAAGGGGAGCUCAAUGGGCGGAUUGGCGUCUUCCCCUCUGUGCUAGUAGAAGAUCUCACUGAAAAUGGGGAGACCAGCGGGGGAGGUGACAUACAGAUUUCUCCAUCUCUGAAGUUGCCAUCUUCACUACCACCUCUUCCACUGUAUGACCAACCCCCUAUCAGCUCUUUCACCAGCCCCGAGACCUCCACCCCACCUCCUCUCCCACGCUCACCCUCUGCUGCGCUUAACGGGGAGCACAAGCCUCCGCUGCCCUCCUCGUUGCACAAGGGAUCGCUCUCCACUCACAAUCAGAGCUCUGGCAGGAGUCCAGUGUCUCCAGGUUUUCCUCAGACUCAGCCGCCGCGGUUCACCCCUGACGGAGGCCCGGGCAAACUACGACCUGUGCGAGCUGCUCCUCCUCCACCUAAACAGCAUCCCCGCCGGCCACAGGAGAAGAACGACAAGAUGGAGGAAGUGGAGAUUACACUGGUGUGACGGACAGACAAGCUGGCAGGCAGUUAUAGACACACAAACGGGCUAUGCUACAGGCUGGCGAACUGAACUGCUCUGAACUGAAGUGAGCUUAAAUAAAGGUGAUGUGACGUUAACUGAACUGAACUAUGUGGACCUUUUGAGCUGCUCCGCACCCUCUCCCAUCCUCAAGUGGAGGAGGAGAGCAGAGAGAGGGGACAAAAGCAGAGCAUCCAAUUAAAUAAUCCGUGUAUUAGCUUCCUAAUGAAGUGUAGCAGUAGCUGCCCCACAUCGCUCUUCACCCUCCCCCAUCCUUCCAUUCUUGCCUUAAAACCUCACCUCAUCGCACAAUAAAGAGAAGGAAGAGAGGAAAGAAUGUUUGGAGAAGAGGAGUGUGAGAGAAAGCAAACCAUUUUUUAAAUCUUUAUUACCAAUAUGUUGAUCAAAUAAAUUAAAGCUUAUAUUAUCUUUCACUAGCUCGGUUUUCUUUUUUCCUUAUUUUGAUGUUGGCACACAUUUAACCAUUUAUCUGUUUUUCUCCCCACACAUUUUCUAUUCCUCACCAUGUUUCCAAAUUUCCUUAUCAUAUAAAAGAAUGAGUAAAAUUGCCUAUAUUUGGCACAGUGGAGGGGACUGUGUGGCUAGCUAUCUUAACUUCAAGUGCUGGUAGUUAAACAUACUGAGCACUAGCCGUUCAGCUUGUAGCUUUGAGACUGUCCAUGCUUUUCCACUAUUGUGUUUCUGAAAUCCUCAGACAGUUCUUUACUCUUCUUUAUUUUCUCUAUGCUCAGUGCGGUUCAGGUGCACUUAUUGGUUUUCUGAAGAAAGUUAGCUAGGUAACUCACUAGAAAAUGGUCGUGCUCUGUGUGUUUUUCAGUUAAGCUAGCUAGCCACACCGUCCUGUGUCAUAAGGAAAAUGGAGAAUCUUGGGAAAAGAAGAAACAGAUGAAUGAUUAUAUUCAAAAAUGUUCACAGUGAAAAUAAGCCUUGAAUUUGUUGUCAUUGACAUUUUGGCCGUGUGUGAUUUAGUAUCUCAGUUUUCAUAAUGUCAAAUAAAUUGACCUGAGUUUGUGCAGCUUUAUGAAGUUAGCUGCAGAUGAUGGUGAACGUUAACCGAGUGUGUACAGCAACCAGCGUUUCAGUUUAGCUAGCUUGCCCAACAGUAUAUGGGAGCAAAUUUCCAAAUGUUCAUGUGUGCUUGAGUAAAAAAUAAUUAAAUGUGUGCCAAGGUCCAAAAAACUGUGAAAUUACUGACUUUAAAAAAUAACAUGAGCUUGUGGAGGAAGUAAAAGAAAAUAAGUUUUACGUUAUCAUCUGGUGAUAAAAGAGAAACAUUUUACUUUUUGAACAUAUUUAAUACAUUUACUACUUUAAAAACUAAGUUUGAUCAAAGGGAAUAAGGUAAUAACUUGCCAAGUUUAUGUUUUGGAGUGCAGUGAAAUACAUGGAUUGUGUGUGUGUGUGUGUGUGUGUGUGUGUGUGUGUGUGUGUGGGUGGCUGGGUAGGUGACACGUCCCUCUCCCCAGCUCCUCCCUUGCCAUAUAUAGUCCCCAUCAUCAUCAUCAUCAUUAUCAUCAUCAUCCGUAUUCAAUGUGUAUUAGUACAGUACAUUACUGUUGUCAUAGGAGUGUUAUGCACAGCGUUUCAUAUAGACCAACUCAGUUGAAUGGAUUAAAAUGUCUGAUAUGUAGUGGAAGUUUUAUCCUCAUACUGAAAGGGCAUUGUAUAUACAGUAUGAAGGAGAGUGAAAGGGGAGAAGAUAAACAAAAAGGAGGCUGGACCCUCCCUUCUGCUCUUAUCUCUACUUCUCUUCCCAUCCUUCCCUCUUUUUUCUAAUGUCUGUUCUGUCCAUUGGCGGUCAGUGUGAAUCAAUGGCCAUCAUAUACACGCAUACAGUGAUAUAAUAUUAUAUAUGCGUUGCUAUAUCUUCUCAUUUUGUGACCCACUGUGUGUUUGUGUCACUUGUUGGCUCAAGUGGAUGCUGGUGGUGCUUUCAGAGGCAAUGAAAUCAUUGGUAUUCACUAUAUGGUGAUAAAGAAAUGUUUUAUUUGGGAUGAUAUAGACAAUGACAAAUAUUUGGGGUCAGGAGUUUUUAUUAAUCACAGAAUGAACUGUAUAGCUUUAUCCCUUCUGAUAUUAUCUUCUCACAUUGAUUCUGUUGAUUUAUAACAUUGAUCAGUUCACAUAUACAGUAGCAUACAGUAUAUCCUUGUUCAUCUGAUAUUACAUUUGCAGGUAAUAUUUUUUCUGUUUUCUUGCUAAGUACGGUAUCUACAUUACAACACUGCAGGAAUCUGGCAUUUUAAUGCAGCAGAGAAAACAUCCAUUAAAACACAUUAACUUUUAACAUUUACAAUCUCAGAUCAUCCUUAAUUUUCCUAGUGUCUUAGAUUUCAGCUUUGAGUAACGACGAUAGAAACAAACAAAAGAACUACAUUAUGCUAAAUGGGUAGAACUGGCAAACAACCUUCAAAUGAAGCUAAGUACAAUUCUUUUGUUUUGUUUUGUUUUUUUUCUCAAAUAAAUCUUCCCAUUAAAUACCCUCCAAGCCUAAAAAACUCAUGGCACUUUUAUUUAUUUGUACCUUCCCUGAAAUUAGCAUUACCAUCACAUCGCAUCAGAAUGAGUAGAAAUACAGCCAUCGCUUAUUCUUUUCAUUCUGAUGCUAUGUUGGAUCCUCUUUGUUUCAGUGUGACUGAUGCUUUUUAAAAAAAAAAAAAAAAAAAAAAAAAAAACUCUUCCCUUUUCGAAAGAGAUGAAGAGAUAAUUGUGCACAAUGUAAUUUGGUGUUUUGUUUAACUUAUAAACAACAAACAAAUAUAAAGUAAUGUACUGUCUUGAAUGAAGACAGGAAUUACAUUUUUUUUUGUCUUAAGAUGGGCCUGGCUGUUCACAUGUGAUUUUUUUUUUUU